UUUCCUUCUUUUCGUAAACACGUUAUUCAUACAUUUUAAAUUUCUCCAAAUGGCAAAAGUUAAUGAAAACGCCGUGAACAAUAUUGGAAAAGUGUUAAAUGACCCAUCAAGACCUAUGAAAGAGCGGUUUAGAGCUUUGUUUACACUUCGAAACUUGGGUGGUGAGAUUGCAAUUCAAUGUAUUAGCGAAUGUUUUACAGAUGAAUCAGUGCUUUUAAAGCAUGAGUUAGCUUAUUGUUUGGGUCAAAUGCAGGAUAAAAAGGCCAUUCCGAUCCUCAGGAAUGUCUUGCAGGACGAAAAGCAGGAUCCUAUAGUGCGACACGAGGCGGGAGAAGCCCUAGGUGCUAUAGGUGAUCCUCAUCUUAGGGAGCUAUUGGAAAAGUACCAACAUGACCCAGCCAUAGAAGUGGCGGAGACCUGCCAAAUUGCAUUAGAGAGACUGAAUUGGGUAGCCAAUGACGUCAAAGAAGAUUUAUCAAAAAGUUUAUAUACUUCUGUAGAUCCUGCACCACCAAGUGUUGAGAAUGAUAUUCAACAGCUGAGUAAGAUACUGAUGGAUGAAAAUAUACCACUGUUUGAUAGGUACAGGGCUAUGUUCAGUUUACGGAAUUUGGGUACUACUGAGAGUGUUAUUGCUUUGGGUGAAGGGUUCAAGGCAGGCAGUGCACUCUUCAGGCAUGAAGUUGCAUUUGUGUUUGGUCAGAUGCAGGAUGAACGUAGUGUACCCUUCCUGAAGAAGGCCUUGGAGGAUACUUCUGAACAUGAAAUGGUGCGACAUGAGGCUGCUGAGGCAUUAGGCUCUAUUGCCACUGAUGAAUGCACUGAGGUCUUGAAGAGGUAUUUAAAUGAUCCGCGUCCCGUUGUACGAGAGAGUUGCGAGGUCGCAUUAGACAUGUCUGAUUACGAGAAUAGCCCAGAAUUCCAAUACGCCAACACAUUAGUACAAAUUGAAGCUUAGUUGUAGUUACUUUAGUUAAACAGAGAAAGGACCAAUGUAUUGACAGUGACUGUUUUUAAAUUGCCUGGUGACUUUACACCGUGUUAUGCCGUAACCGAAAGUCCGCAUGGUCAACUUAUGACAUUUGUAAUUUUAUGUUGUCAUUGUAGGCGGCUGGCUUGAAUAUGUUUAAUAUUGAAAUAUACGUGACAGUUGUUUUAUAUGACGUCAAGUGACGAUUCGAAUGAGUCGUGCGCCUCGUGGUAAGCGACACGCCUGUCCAUGACAGUUGCAGUGCCAAUCUGAGAUUUAAAUAACACAUCUGAGUGGCACUGCCAAUGUCGCUCUGAGACAUGUCCCAUAUGCCUGUAAUUUCACCAG